UCAGAAGCAUGCGCCGCGGAGCGCUCAAGGCGCAGGCCCAGAGCGACACGUCACGGAGGCGCGACCGGCCGGCGCUGGGGGCAGGAGGCAGCCAGCUGAGGGAUGCCCAAAAAGUUCCAGGGCGAGAACAGCAAGUCGGCAGCGGCCCGAGCACGGAAGGCUGAGGCCAAGGCGGCGGCCGAUGCCCGGAGGCAGAAGGAGCUGGAAGAUGCCUACUGGAAGGACGAGGACAAACACGUCAUGAGGAAGGAGCAGCGCAAGGAGGAGAAGGAGAAGCGGCGCCUGGAGCAGCUGGAGCGUAAGAAGGAGACGCAGCGGCUGCUGGAGGAAGAGGACUCCAAGCUCAAGGGGGGCAAGGCCCCGCGAGCGGCGGCGCCCACCAAGGUCACCCGCGCCCAGAUCGAGGACACCCUACGCCGCGAGCAGCAGCACCGCGAGGCCCCGGAGCCAGCCGAGAAAGCCAAGAGCCACCUGGAGGUGCCGCUGGAGGAAAACGUGAACCGGCGCGUGCAGGAGGAGGGCAGCGUGGAGGCGCGCACCAUCGAGGACGCCAUCGCUGUCCUCAGUGUGGCCGAGGAGGCCGACCGGCACCCCGAGCGCCGCAUGCGCGCGGCCUUUGCGGCCUUCGAGGAGGCGCAGCUGCCGCGGCUGAAACAGGAGAACCCCAACAUGCGGCUGUCCCAGCUGAAGCAGCUGCUCAAGAAGGAGUGGCUGCGCUCCCCGGACAACCCCAUGAACCAGCGGGCGGCGCCCUACAACGCCCCCAAGUGAGCCAGCCCGCACCCCAUGGGCCGUGGGCCGCCUUGACUCCCAGGAUCUGCAGAGGUCCCCCGGGAUCCGGCCUCGGGGAGGACAGGGCUGGGGGCCCCCGGGCUGCACGCCAUCACCAGCCACCCCUCCCAUCGCCUGAGGGCCCCUGCUCGGAGUGACACUCCCAAUAAAGGCUUGGCCGGCAGG